AUGAUCAGAGUACCAACCCACACCUCCCACGCCUCCCGCACAAAACAGACCAUCCUCGACCUCGCCAAAACCAUCACCGCCCGCUCCAACGCCGACAUACUCGACCCCGGCCCACCCCCAGACGGCGGCACAAAAGCCUGGACCCAAGCCCUCUGCGGCCACUUGGUCGUCUUCAACACCUGGGGCAUGAUCGCCACCUUUGGCGUCUUCCAACAGUACUACACGCUGCACCUGGGCCUGGAGCCCUCUGCCGUCUCCUGGAUCGGCAGUUUCCAAAUGCUAGGCCACUUUGCACUGGGAAUGCUAACGGGCCGCUUGUUCGACGCGGGCUUCUUUUACUGGUCCGCAGUCCCUGGCAUGCUGGUUUCUGCGCUCGGCAUGUUCAUGACGAGUUUGUGUACACGGUACUGGCACUUCUUUCUCGCGCAGGGCCUCAUGACGGGCGUGGGCAAUGGGAUGCAAUUUGCACCCGUCCUGAGUCUUGUGAGCACGUAUUUUGCGAGGAAUAGGAGUGUGGCGCUGGCGAUUAUGGCGUCGGGGAGCGCCACGGGCGGCCUGGUUUAUCCGACUGUCGCUAGGCAGUUGCUGCCUCGCAUUGGGUUUCCGUGGACGGUUAGGGUCAUGGGGUUUAUGAUGCUGGCGGUGGGGACGGGCUACAGUUGUCUUUUGAAGCCCAGGCUGCCGCCGCGCAAGUCGGGGCCGGUGCUAGAGCUUAGUGCUUUUGCAGAGUUGCCGUAUAGUGUGUUUUUGCUGGGUGUCUUUCUCAUUGCCCUGGGCCAGUACUUUGCGUUUUAUUACAUUUCCUCUUUUGCGGUUGAUAUCCUGGGUUUGCCGUACGAGACUUCGAUCAAUGUCUUACUGGUUCUCAACGGCAUUGGCGUGCUCGGUCGUCUGGUUCCGUCUUGGUUUGCGGAUAAGUAUACGGGGCCGUACAAUAUCCUCAUUCCGUUUUGCUUCGUUUCAACGCUCGUUUUGUUCUUCUGGCCGCUGGUCAAGAGCGAGCAAGGAUUGUAUGCCUGGGCUGUGUGCUACGGCUUCUUCGUCGCCGGCUUUCAGGGUAUCUUCCCAGCAGUCAUGACCACUCUGACAAAAGAUAUGAGUAAAGUAGGGACAAGGAACGGCCAGGGCUUUGCUAUUGUGGGAUUGGGUACUUUCAUCGGGCCUCCCAUUGCAGGGGCUUUGAUACAGAACUAUGGUGGAGGUUACCUGAGUGCACAGUUGUUUGCGGCUAUUGCCGUGUUGCUGGGCAGCUCUAUUUUAGUUUUGGGUAGAUUGAGCAUUACGGGGUUGAAUUUCAAGGUGAAAGUUUGA